AUGCAUGUCAUUUCUCAUAACCGAACAAAUUCUGCGUCGCCUAACAGUAAGAGGAAAAGACAAACCGAUAAUCUUAAGGCACAGAUCAACAAACUUAGAAGGCGAUCGUUUGUUGAGCCGGGAUCUCAUUCUUCACGAAUUCCCACAACUAUAUUGGAGUCGAGAUAUCGAGAAAUGAUUAACUCUGUCAAUAGAUUUAUGGACUUUGCCAUCGAGAAGAUGCCGCUCAACAUUAAAAGUCAUUGGUUACAUCCGCAAGAUAUUCAUCCAUUCCUUCUGUGUUUUACUUCGGGACUGAUUGGCAAAAAGUCUUUGGAUGGGAAAAACGAGUCGUCAAUCUUUAACACCGAGAAAAUGUUUGCCCAACAGUCGGACCCAUUCUUCAUUGACAAUUUAUAUCCGUGUGUUGAUUUGAAAGACUGCAAAUCAGAUAUUAUGGGUAAUAAUAAAACAGUUGAUGAAAUCAUUCAUUUGGCCGGAUGUGCCUAUUCUUGG